CGCCUCCCGGAGGUCCCGCCCCCCCGGCCGGAUCCCCGCUUCCCAUUGGCUGGCGCGCCCGCCAAUCAUCGCCGUUCAAACCGGCGGCCCCGUCCCCUUCCGCCGACCGUUACGGCGCAAACAACGCGCCCAGGCCCCGCCCCCUUCUCCUUUCCCCCUCACGGCUCCGCCAAUCAGCGCUCACCGCCCGCCUUUUCCUUCGCUCCCCAUUGGCCGCCCCGCGCGCCGCGCGGCGCUGAUUGGUCGUACCCGCGGUGGGCGGGGACUGUGCGCGUCCGAGGUUAUAAAGGCGGCGGCGCGCCGGAGGGGCCCCCUCAGAGCGGCGGGCGGGCGGCGGCGCCGGAGGUGGGACCGCGCUGCCGGGGGAGGGGAGAGGGGGCGACCCCCGGCCUCCCCCCUGCCCGAGGGGUCACCCCCAAACCCGGGGACCCCGUUUCGAACCGGGGGGUUCCCCCCAGGGAGCCGCUGCCCCCUCGGGACCAGCCCGGACAGGCCGGGGCCCAGCCCGGCGCCAUGGAGCCCCGAGGCGGCGCCUGGCAGACCCCCGAGGCCGAGAACCUGCCGCCGGCGGCGCUGCGGCUGCUGUGCCGCGAGGUGGCGCUGCUGAGCGCCGAUCCGCCCGACGGCAUCCGGCUGUUCCCCAACGAGCAGGACCUGAGCGACCUGCAGGUGCUCAUCGAGGGGCCAGAGGGCACCCCAUACGCCGGGGGGCUGUUCCGCAUGAAGCUGGUCCUGGGGAAGGAUUUUCCGGCCGCGCCCCCGAAGGGAUUUUUCCUGACCAAAAUCUUCCACCCCAACGUGGGGCCGAGCGGAGAAAUCUGCGUCAACGUGCUCAAGAGGGACUGGAGCGCCGAGCUGGGGCUGCGGCACGUCCUGCUGACCAUCAAGUGCCUGCUGAUCCAGCCCAACCCCGAGUCGGCGCUGAACGAGGAGGCGGCGCGGCUGCUCCUGGAGGACUUCGAGCGCUUCGCCGCCCGCGCGCGGCUGCUGACCGAGAUCCACGCGCGGGACCCCCGCCCGGCCCCCCGCCCGGACCCCCGCCCGGCCCCCCGCCCGGACCCCCGCCCGGACCCCCGCCCGCCCCCCGGGCCCUCGGCGCCGCCCCCCGCCCCGCCCGACGGGCCCCAGCCCAAGAAACACGCCGGGGACCGCAAGGGACCCCCGCCCCCCAAAAAGAAAGGGGCGGGCGGGGACAAGAAACGGGCGCUGCGGCGGCUCUGAGACCCCAGACCCAAUUCGGGGGGUGGGGUAUCCCAAAUCUGAGACCCCAGACCCACUUCAGAGAGCUGGGGGGGCUCUGGGACCCCAGACCCAAUUUGAGAUGGGAUAUCCCGGCUCUGAGACCCCAGACCAAAUUCAGAAUGGGAUAACCCAGCUCUGAGACCCCAGACCCAAUUCAGGGGGUGGGAGGGCUGGGAUAUCCUGGCUCUGAUACCCCAGACCCAAUUCGGGGUGGGACAUCCUGGAUGGGGAGGGGUCCCAGCCCUCCCUCAGAGCCCAUUUAGGGGGUCCUGAUGCCCCCAGACUCAUUUCAGGGGUCCCAGAUCUGUUUUGGAGCUCCUCUCUGCCCCCAGACUCAUUUUGGGAACUCCAAGACCCCUUUGACCCCCCCCCAGACCCAAACCCCAAAA